CCUAGUACAUUGUCGCUUCCGCGUAGCCUACGUUAGGUGGAGGAAUCCGCUCAGCAAAGACAAAUCACAUGUGAAAUUAUUGAUCGGGCAGGACAAACGACUUCUCCUGACGGCUCUUGAACAUUUGACGCGUCGUCCUGGGCCGUGUGAAUUUAUGGAAACAUGUCAAAGAAACGUGGCAGGAAGCGUAGCAGUGGAGAGCUGAGUGAAAGCUCAGCGUCGACCUCGAGCCCGGACCCGGAUAACCUCUUGGGCCGCAGGAUCCAGCACACGUGGAGGGAAAAGGGCAACGUGACCAAAUGGAAAGGCACAGUCCUGGAGCGACUCACUGUCAACAACUCCCUCUACAUGGUCAAAUACGAUGGCUUUGACUGCAUUUACGGCAUCGAGCUCUUCAAAGACAACCGGGUGUCCAACCUGCAGGUUUUGGCAGAGAAAGUCGUAAACAAUAAGAUCAAGGUGCCUCCUGGGGCCGAGGAGCUUGUGGGUCGAGCGGUGGAGCAUCUGUUCGAGAAGGAGGACGGGGAGAAAAACGAGUGGCGGGGCAUGGUUCUGUCCCGAGCCCCCAUCAUGACCCACUGGUAUUACAUCACCUACGAGAAGGACCCGGUGCUGUACAUGUACCAGCUGUGGGACGACUACAAAGACGGAGAUCUCCGUGUCCUGCCGGAGUCAGAGAACAAACACCUGCUGCCGGCAGACAGGAAGCCAGGUGAGGAGCCAGAGAGCCUUGUGGGUAAACAGGUGGAGUACGUGACAGAUAACGGCCUGAAGAGAACGGGGCUGGUCAUCUACCAGGUCCCGGCGAAGCCCACCGUUUAUUACAUCAAAUACGACGACGACGUCCACAUUCAUGUCUACGACCUGGUGAAGACCACCUAAAAACUGUGUCCCCGUCUCAGCCGGCGCUCAUGGCUUUCGCUCGCUCUCGUCCGUCGUUACCUGUUCAAGUGUUAAAGAUGGGCGUUUUUUUUUCUGCAGCAGGAGGAGAAAUGUCCAACUUCAAAACCCCAAGACUUUUCUUCUCCUUUGCCUACUUGCUUUACUCUUGCUUUACAACAUUGCUUACUUAAAAAAAAAAAAAAGAUUAUUACUAUUCAUUUUCAAGUUUAACUUAAUAUAUUACUUACAUAUUUUUCAAUGUAAAUAAGUCAUGUCUGAGACCUGCGGCGUUAGACAUGUGUUUUAGUUAAAUCAAACUUCUUUAUUUCAACUCCAGUCUCAAUCAAACAAAGAAAAGUUUAUUUUCCUGCUUAUCCAUCUGUGUUUCACUCUUGAUUUCAUUUCACUUAUUUAUUUUCACGUGGUGCACCUUUGCCUUGCUGCUGGUACCAAAACGAGAACUCUUUAUGGCACUGAGUCAGCCUCAGUUUGUUCAAUAUCGGAGUAAUAUUCAUUUAACUACUGUGCUUGUUUUCUCCAUCCCGGUGAACUCCAUUUUUUUUGUUGUUGUUGUUGUUGAAGUGUGACGGCAUUCAUGAGACUGUGUCUCACAUUGUGAAUUGAAAACGGUGUGAUCUUUAAAAAAGAAAAAGCAAAAAUUAUGUAUCAUAUUUCUGUUUAGUUUCAUCAUGCAAACCAUGUUUUCUACACUAUGAUCUUGUAUCAAAAUUACUGUUGUUCAUGUGGGGCUGUUUCAAAUUGUUUGUGCUGCACACUAUCUAGUUGGAUUUGGC